AUGAACAAUUUAGUGCUGUCGCUUUCAAAUGAUUGGGUAGAAGGUAUUUCAAACCACAGUAUUAUGUCUAAAGGCAAUGAGAAACUCAAUCCAUGUGAUAUAGAUGAGAUCGAAGUAAGUUCAGAUAUAUCUGGAAAAGAAAUAAAGCAUUCUAACACACUUGGAACAAUGGAGAGUUUUGUCGCACAAACAUAUCGUGCAAAGUUUUUUGGAAACAUUUCUGUAUCUGAACCACGUGGUGACUUUAUUUGUGAGAGAUCGCUUGGACUUCUAAAAGCUCAGUUGUUAACAUCAAAGUUACACAAGAAAAGAAUUAGGAUCCGAGUGGACACCAGUGGAAUUAGUGUGCUUGGGUCACGGAAUUCUACAGUGCACCAUAUACAUAAUUUUGAAAAUAUAACAUUUAUUUGGACUGACCCUUGUGAUUUACAGUCAUGUGGAAUAAUAGUCAGACAAACAUUACUCGGUGAAAACACUUAUGAAUUUUAUGGUUAUAAACUAUAUCAGAAUACUCCAAAAUUAAUUGGUGCUUUAAAAAAAUAUACUCAGAUCUUCAUUUACCACCAUCCAGUGAAGAAGUACCCGAUUCUUCAGAAAAUACCAAGGAUACAGUACCUUCCGAAGCCAAAGAGGAAAAUGAUUCUGAUUUGA